AUGUUCCAAGAAAUGCCUCGAGUAACAGAAUUAGAACUAAGUGCGACCAUCGCAGCUGUAAAUAAGGCGAUUGCGCUUUUCAAGAAUUGCUCCGAAUUUGAAGCAAAAAACUUGUGUUUGGCGCAAAAAAUCGAUCAACUUAGUGUCCAACGUUCAGAAUUUCAUUCAAAUUUGCAAAGAUCAUUAAGUUUGAGUUCAAGACUUUACCAUCGUGCCGGCGAUGUGUUUAUAUUCUUAGAUACGCUUGAAAACCCAGAGUACGGAGCUGAUGAGAUCGCUUAUACUUUAAACACGCUUUUGGAGGACGCGCGAAUUAACAAGGCAGAUGCAGAAAAAUUGACCAACUCUUAUGAAAAUAUAAGAACAAAGUUAUCGAAUAUAUAUAAUGAAAUCCAGAAGCAUAAUGAGAAGAUUUUGUUAAAUCAAAAAUUAAAGCCGGUGAAAGAAAAUGAAUUGAGAGAAAUAACCGAUAAAUCUAAUUAUUUUUCGAAUCAAUCCAUAACCUUUGGAACGCUUGUUCUCGUUUUUUUCUAUCCCGGAUGUACAAUACCGCAAAUAUUUGUUAUAUUAUUUAUAGUUGCUAUUGUUGCAAUUUAUUGCGCAAUUAGUUCAUUUCUAUUAAACGGAAAAGCGGAAAAAUUGAAAGAGGAGAUACGUCAAAUUGAUGUAAAUCUAUAUGAUAGAGAUGAAAAUAUUGAUUCAUUGAUCAGAAAUGUUUUGCAAAUAGUCGGCAAGGUUUCUACACUCGAGAUUUACUGGAAAGAAGAAGAGGCUAUGAUCAAUGAUAUCAUUGCAAAAUUUCAAUCUGAUCCCACCAAGUUUGGUUUGAUAAAAGUUGUCUUAAAGAAACUCCUCGAUCCGGAAGCUCAUCACGCCUUGCAUGAUACGGAAUUUCAUCGUCGUGAACCAAAUUCCUCGGUGGUUUUUCACGCAUUACCUAGACAUGAUAAAGAUUUGCCACUCGACGCAAUGGAGGGAAAACCCCUAACAAAAGAAGAUAAAUGGCAAGACGAUGAACAUCUUGUACAUCCUCCUGCUUCAAACGAUCCAAAAGGAAUUGUCGGUCGUUUACAAAAGGAUUUGGAGGAAGAAGACAAGAGGAUCAACAUCUCGAAAACAGAUUUAGACAAGAGGCAGUAA